AUGUGGAAAAAGACACCUCUUGAAGCACCUCAAGAGGUAGCGGGAAGUCUAGUAAAACAAGUUGAAAAGCGUUCUACAGAAGCCAAAAAUUGGCAUGUGUGCAAGUACAAAGGAUUUCGAGGCUCGAAGAAUUCGUGGGUUCCCGCGAAGAAAAAGCACUUUUGCAUCCAGGAUAACGAUAAGCCAAUGUUCCUGAACCUCGAUGUUGGUUCCCCAAUCGAUUCGCGAAACGGCGUCUACGAGCUGCUCCCAAACCCUUUCAAUGAGAAAGCCGCAUUUAUACAAAUUAAAGACAGGAAUGGUUUACCGAUACAGGAGCCCAUGCAGAAUGAGGAUCGCAAAGAAAACUUUAUUUAUUGGAUCAAGGAACGGCUGAGUCAAUAG